UGCUGGUGUGUCGAUUGCAAGAAGUUCUCGGGGUCAACGAAUACCAACAACAUCCUGGUACCCCUCCAGGGGAUGAGAGUGGUAAAGGGGAACCUUAAGACGUUCACUUUGGAUGUCGAUACUGGGAACCAGAUGACCAGCUUCUUUUGCGACAACUGUGGGUCGACCUUGUACCGCAAGAGCAGCGGAGUCAGUGAUGGCGUGGCCGUGAUGAUUGGUGGUGUGGAUGGAGAUGAGGUUCUACACGCCAGCAAACCUCAGGUGGAGAUUUAUACGAGUAAUCGUCCGAAAUGGGUCGCUCCCAUUGAAGGGGCUGACCAGGAGGAAGGGAUAUGG